CUCCUGACCAACCACCAAAGAGGAAACCAAUGAAGAAGAUCUCAAGAAAGCCUACACAAACUGUAACAAUUGCUGUCACUACGACUACACAACCAAUUAAAACUACAACCACCACCACAACUACAACCCAACCCACAACCACCACCACUACCACCAGAGCAACUACCACUACCAAACCCACUACCACCACAACCAGGAGAACCACCACUACAAAAAGACCCACCACCACCCAGAGACAGACUCACAUCCAGACCACCACAGUGUGGCUCCCGCCUCCCCGAACCACAGCUGAUGUUUACUUAGACAACCACAGAGAAAGGCACCUGGCAAAACCCACCCCAGCUGAAGACAACACCAAGAAAGACAGCCAAUAUCCAAACAUCCACAAAAUGCCACCUGUCACAAACAAACCCUCCAAGAUCAAACCCACCAAGAAGAAGAAUGGAGGAGAUAAGAUCUUAACUAAAGAAUUUGUGGACAAGUAUGAGCUAAGUAAGCCAACUGUAAAUGGUCCAGAGGAGAUGGAAACCUUCACCRAUGUUAGUCCCACCAAGAAGGUCAAGAACGAUAAGCAUGAGAAGAAGAAGAAAAAGAGCGACAAGUCUUCCAGGAAAACUGACAGGAGAGGAAAGGUUGGGAAAGAGAAAAAGAUUGGAAGUAAGAAGAAAGGAAAUAAAGYAUCAAAGUACCUGGAAAAACAGGAAUACCCAAAGCCCACUAAGAGACCAGUGGCCCCCACAAAAGGACCUUUGGAUUCUUUCCUGGACUACUUUGAGAACAGGAGGCGAUUGUUGCUGAUAACUUCUCCCAGUGAGGACAACAGUAUGUAUGUUCAGCAGAGGGAUGAGUACCUGGAGUCAGUGUGCGAGAUGGCCAUAAGGAAAGUCUCCAUUAUCACUCUAUUUGGCUCCCUGACCAACUCCACCAUGAAAAUGGACCAUUAUCAGAUAGYGGAUGACAGACCCAUGAAGGGUCUUCGCCAGGAGGACUUGGUGAACCAGGACCUGAUCACAGAGCUGAGGAAAGAGUUUGGAAUGACAUAUGAUGAGUUUUACAUGGUCCUCACAGACACUGACAUGAGAGUUAAGCAAUCCUAUGAGGUUCCUAUCGCCAUGAAGGCUGUGUUUGACUACAUCGACAUGUUUUCGUCUCGCAUCCGGGAGAUGGAGCAGCAGAAAAGGGAYGGGGUGGCCUGUAAGAAAGAAGACAAGCCCCGAUCCCUGGAAAACUUUUUAUCCAGGUUUMGAUGGAGGCGCCGCCUAUUUGUCAUCUCUGCCCCCAGCGAUGAGGAAUGGUCCUACCAGCAGCAGCUCUAUGCUCUGACCAGCCAGGCCUGCAACCUGGGUUUGAGGCACAUCGCAAUUCUGAAGCUGGUUGGAACCGAGCUGCUAGACAUGGGCGGAGUCUUAGAACUGUAUCCAAUCAAUGGCAGUGCUACUGUGGACCGGGAAGGGCUCUCAGCCACCUUGGUGAAGGACAUGAGGAACUACUUUCAAAUCAGCCCAGAAUACUUCUCCAUGCUGCUGGUAGGAAAGGACGGCAAUGUCAAGUCCUGGUACCCUUCGCCCAUGUGGUCCAUGGCCACCAUCUAUGACCUGGUGGACUCUAUGCAGCUGCGCAGACAGGAGAUGGCCAUCCAGCAGUCGCUCGGCAUGCGCUGUCCCGAAGACGAGUAUGGUGGCUAUGGCUACCAUCAACAUGGAUAUGAACAUGGUUAUCAGGAUGGCUAUCACCAGGGUUAUGGUUACUAAAUGUAGCAUCUCAUUGGGUUGCAACUAGUUGGCAACUGGAUUUCAAGAAGCAGACUCCAGAAACCCUUGCAAUGUUAAGUGGUUCCUUCGUGUGAGUCGUAAGGCUCARGGUCCUGCUUGAAUUGUGAAUACAUUCAAAAGAUUUUUGGAAAAGAUUUGCUUUCAAAAUAGUCAGACAUCUUCAACACAUCUAAAUUUUGUUGUGGGUUUCUGCAACCUAUGUUAAGAGUGCUAGACCUGAAAGCUCUCAUUGGACAGACAACAUGUCCAGGUUUCAAAAACAACUGAUAAAAAACAGCUAUUUAAGAACUGGUCUAAUUCUGCCUAACUUCAUUUGUUAAGUAUACUCAAGAAGAUUAAAUCAUAAAUGUUACUUGAUUUCCAUUUGGGAUUAUUAAGGUAUUUUUUAAUUGAUUUGAACUGGUUGGGCAAACUGAGGUGGGUAGAGAUGAACGACAAUGUGCACGGGCAAGAAUGCAGUUUUGCAAGCCAUGUAUGCAAAAAUGAGCUGAGGUUUUAAAAAUACUGGCUUGCUGGUUAUUUGGUUGCAGACGCUCAGUGGUCAGUGUGAAUGCAAAAAAAUAAUAAAAUAAAAUACGGCAAAGUUUA